AUGCAGAAGGCCAGUGUUUGGAGCGAGAAGCGCGCGUCAAAGCCAGAUGACAUCAAGUAUCUUGAACAUCAAGAGAAGACCAAACUAAAGCCCGCUGUGAACUCGACGCCAGGGAUUCAGCCGAGACCAGCUUCCGCGCAGCAGAGUACUCCAACCCAGACCGGUCGUCACCUCCUGCGACGCAGCAUGCAGGUGGACGGCUCAGAGUCUGCGAAGACUCACACGCCUAUGACAAACUCUUUCUUUGUUCUCAAUGAUGUCGAGGAUUGCCAGAUCGAUGCUCAGCGAACUAAGACACUGUCUUCUAGACGGGUGAAGGAUGGGGCUUCUCGGUUGAUCUUGAACUCGUCGCCCAGCGUGUACGGCCGCAAAUCCCCCAGUCCUAUCUCCUGGAUCAACCAAAAUCCCGACUGGGUGAGCAUUUGGGACGACAAGCCCCUUAUCUUUCCUGCCAUCGGCAAAAACAGAGCUUCAGUCUACCGUGAUGACAUCUCGCGUCUCGAGGAGGGCGAGUACCUAAACGACAACCUGAUCGGUUUCUAUUUGCGUUAUCUUCAGGCCAAUCUGGAACGAGAGAACAAGGCUCUGGCUGAUCGGAUUCACAUCAUGAACACCUACUUUUACCCUAAGCUGACUGACGUGAAAGCGGGCCGGAGCAUCAACUACGAAGGUGUCAAAUCAUGGACAGCAAAGAUUGACCUAUUCUCGUUCGACUAUAUCAUCGUUCCGGUCAAUGAGAGUGCCCAUUGGUACCUGGCAAUCGUAUGCAACCCAGCCAAGCUGCUGCAGAGAACCGAUGAACAACCAAAAGCUGAAAAAGUGGAUCCCGCAGAGGGCCCCGAGGACAAGACGAAUGGAGAACUCAAUGAGCAUCCAGCCGAGGGGAGUUUGAUAUCCACUGUUGGCGAACGGGUCGAACAAAUGAGUCUAGAUGAGGACAAACCAGAAGAAGAGCAGCCAAAAAAGGAAACGCAGAAGGUCGAAGAGAAAAGUCUCAAAGUUUCGUCCAACAAGCAGCGGCUGCCUCGGAAAGUCAUAGGAACCUUGGCUCGAAAGCAGGAUCCCACUGAGGCUAGAGUCAUUACACUCGACUCGUUAGGCGUCGGGCAUUCCCCUACUUGCGGGAAUCUCAAGUCGUACCUUGUUCGAGAAGCGAAAGACAAAAAGAACUUGGAAAUCGAGCCGCCCGGCACCUUUGGCAUGACGGCAAAGGGCAUUCCUGAGCAAGAAGAUCACGCAAGUUGUGGCGCUUUUCUCCUUGGCUACAUGCGAGAGUUCCUUAAGGAUCCAGAUGGCGUGGUGGCCAGGUUGAUACGCAAGGAGACGCCGGAUUGGGAUAUUACAUCUCUUGCAAUGCGAAGCGAGCUCCGUAAUAUUAUCAUCGAAAAGCGAAAGGAACAGAAUGCACUGGCGGCAGAGAAGAAGGCCAAGCGAAAGUCGAAUAUUCAGUCACCUGCCACCGGCAAGUCGCCAGAGAAGUGUCAAGAAGCAGAGCUCGCUGCGCCAAGGACUCCCCAACCAGUGCUUGACGCGCCAAAGAACCCGUCAUCUACCGUUAAGGGAUCCCCGGCAAUUGCUCAUCUAUCAUUGCAUAGUCACGGCAGUCCGUCUGCAAACGAUGCAGUUGAUGCCGCAGGUGCACAUCCCCCAGCAGCCGAGCCUCCCACACAAGCAGUGCCCUCUACAGAUGACAAGUCUCCCAAAGACGUGGAACCUUCUCUGCAGAUUGAAGCUCCCCAAUCGUUAUCUACUGUUGCUGCGACUAGUGAGGAGAGUGGGUUGCUGGAACCCCUAAAAGAAAGCUCAGAAGGACUACGAACGCCAGUCCUCAUGCAACCGCACACCGCCGACAGCUCAACGCCAGCUCGCCUUCGGACCAGUCCGCGUCAUACCAAAAGGAAGCCUGCCAACGAUGGUGAUAUGUCUGGGAUGUUGCCUCCGUUGGUUUCUUCGCCAGCCAGUCCUGCCAGCGAGAAGAAGCCGGCUUCCAGAAGUACCAAGAGGAAACUCAGUAACAGCGAGAUUCUUUUGUGCCAACUGCCUUCCUCGCCAUCACAGUCUAACCGUCACAACGAGCUAGUCACUCAUCGAUCCAAGAAGAAAAGCAUCUCUCCAAGUCAGCAGCUGCUUGGUGAGAUGCAGUCCUCACCCGUGUCGACGCAGCGGAGCAAAUCAGCACUGGGAAAUGGCGGCAAAGUGGCCAGGAGGCCGGAGAGCAUCGUCAUCGAGGACGAAGCACCCCCCAAAUCAUCACCGCGCACAAUGAUGGACGGCCCUACUGUGACGAGCCGCUACUUCCCAGCGAAAGAACUAUCUCGCAUUCCUUCGUCGCCGUCGUCAGAACCAAAUGCAAAGCAGAGGCAUUCUAUGAGGAAUGUUGGAGAGGCGAUACCAAGUAUUGAGAAACCCGAGACCGUGGAUCUCACCGCCCAGUGA